AUGAAUGAAAAAAAUAAAGAUGGACAAGAUGAAAAAAAUAAUAAUAAAGAAAAUACGUCUAUGAAUGUGAAGAAUGGAAAUAAUAUAUACCAGAAUAAAAAUGAGAUGAAUAAUUAUAUAUAUAAUAAUAAUAUAAAUAUUAGUGGUAAUACUAAUAGUGGUUAUUUAAAUUAUCAUGGAAUUUAUAAUAAUAAUAAUAGUAAUAAUAUGAAUCAUUUUAAUAAUAUGAAUGAUAUAAAUAAUAAUAGAUAUUAUGUUUCAAAUAAAGGUAGUGUUGUAUCUACUUAUCAAAAUAAUACUAGUUAUUAUCAUAAUAAUAAAAGUGAUAGUUAUUACAAAAGUGUAAAUUAUAAUACAGAUAAUAUAAAUUAUAUGAAUAUGUAUAAUAAUAAAUCUAAUAUUAAUAGUAGUAGUAUAAAUAAUGUGAAUUCAUCUAGUAGUCAUAUAAAAGAUGAAAAUGGUAAAUCAUCUUCUAUAAGUAAUAAUGAUUUAUCAUAUUAUAUAAAUAAUAAUAAUGAUAGUUAUGUAGAAUUAUAUAUUAAUAAAGUUAAAGAGAUAUAUUAUUUUCAUGUUUUUUAUCAUUAUAUAAAAUUAGGUUUCCCAGAAAAGGAGGCUGCUAUUGAAUCGAAGAAAUAUAUUUUUAUAACAUUAAGUAGAUAUUUUUUAUUAGUUAAGAAUGCUAUAUUAUCAUCACCUGAAUCAAUAAAACAAAUAAAUAAUUGUGUGUCAUCAAAUUUGAUAUAUUAUCAACAAAAGACGAAUUUACAAGAAUUUUUAUUACAACAACAAUCAGGCUUACAAAAUGUGAAUACACAAAAAAUUAAUAUAUAUGAACAAAUGAAUUUAAGUAAUUUAAAUAUAGCUAAUUUGAAUAUACCUUUAAAUGAUUCAGGUGAAUUGGUUGAUUUAUCAAAAGUAAAAACAGACGAUUUGAAAAGUAGAGAAAAUAUAAAAGAUAAUAAUAUGAACAUAUCAAAUAAUAAUAGUAAUAAUAGUAAUAAUGGUAAUUUUCCAAGACAUAUUAAUAAUAACACAUUUAAUAGUAAUAUAAACCCUUCAUCUAUUCUUACAGAUAAUAUUCAAAAUGAAAAACAAAAUAAUAAUUACUAUAAUAUCAAACCUGAAAAAAUUAAUGAUAUGAUUGAUUCUAUUGAAGAAAUGAAAAAACUUAAUAGUAAUAAAAAAGAAAGAAAAACGUUUUCUGAUUUUCCACCUCAACAGUUGAUGCAAAAUAAAAAUGAUUCAAAAGAAAACAUGAAUGAUGAUCCGAAAAAGAAAAUAAGUUUUACAUUAAAUAAAUCAAAGAAUAAAAUAUUCCAAACAUAUAAUCGUUAUUUAAAUAAUAAAAAUAAUAAAUCAAUAAGUGAUGCAGUUAGUGAAGUCAGUGAUUUGAGUGAUGAUAAUAAAAAUGAGAAAGGAAAAGAAAAGGUUAUGAAUAAUUUUGCUAAUGAUUUGUCAAAUCAAAAUAAUAUCAAUAAUAUAAAUCAUAUUGGUAAUAUGAAUAAUUAUAGAAAUGAUUAUAAUAACAUGCAUAUGAAUAAUACUCAAAAUAAUAAAGAUGAUAUAAAUAAUAAUGAUAUUAUAAUGAAUUAUAGGGAAUCUAUAAAUAAUCAUUUGAAUGUAAAUAAUAAAUAUAAUUAUAAUAACAAACAGAAUAAUAAUAAUAUGGAUAAUAAUGUAAAUAAUUCAAUGGAAAAUAAUACAUAUGGAUUAUAUAAAUAUACCAAAGAAGAUAAUAUGAGUAGAAAUAGUAUGAACAAUAUUGGUGGUAUUUUUAGUAUGAAUUACGGAAAUAAUAAUAAUAAUAAUAAUAAUAUUUACGAUGGUAAUAUUUCAAAUAGUAAUAAUACUGGUGAUGUUUAUGAUAAUAAGAAAUUCUUUCAUAUGAAGAAUAAUUAUAUAGAUGAAGGAAAUAUGAUGAAAUAUAGAAAAAAUGAUCAAGAUGAUAUGAGUAAUUGUUAUCCAUAUGAUAAUAAUAAAUAUAAAGAAAAAAAUAAUAAAUUAGGUGAAGAAGAUUUAGAAUAUAAUUCAGAUAAUUAUGAUAAAGAUGAUUAUUCUGAUGAAGAUGAUAAUUAUCUUUAUAAUAAUAAAGAUAUGGAUAAUAGAAAUAAACAAAAUAAUAAUAAAAUGAGUAAAUUAUCGGAUAUACCAUUUUUUACAAAUAAUAAUGAUUCAAACGUUAAAUGUGAUAAUUUAAAAACAUAUAUAAAAAAUUUAAAUGAUCAUUUUAAAGAACAAUGUAAUAAAAAUAAAGAAUUCGCAAAAUGCUUAAGAAAUUUUAUAUCAAAAAUAUAUACAUUGAAGAGAAAAAAAAUUAUAAGAUCUCCCUUCUGGUUAAAUAAUGUGAUGCCAACUGAAGAAGAUGUAAUGGGGAUGGACAUAUAUUUCUUUUCCCACCAAAAAAGAACGAAAAGACGCAUGGGUAAUAGCAUCGAUUUAGAUAGUGACAUGAUUGCAGGCAUUUUAAGUGACAAAAAAAUGAAAUUAAGUCAAGAAGAAAUUGAAAAGAGAGAAAGAAGAAGAGAGAAAUGUUUUGAUCUUAAUAGAAAUAAGAAAAAUAAUUUAAUUGAAAAUUCAUUUUAUAUUGAUACCAAUGGUGAAUGUGUAGAAAGAGGAAAUGAAGAUUUACGAAAUCUUGAAAGGCUUAUGGACAAAUAUAAUUUUGCUAGUUGUUAUAAGAAUAAAGAUUUUGUUGGAGAAUGUAGAAAUAUUCAAAAGUUUUUCUUUAGAUUAACAUCACUUCCGGAAAGAAAAAAUGUAAGAAGUUUUUCUGUUUUGAAGUGCACUUAUGCAUAUAUACUUUAUAAAUAUAACAUGGAUAAAAAUUAUAAAUAUAUAAAUGAGCAGUUUAGAUCGUUAAGACAAGAUUUGAAUAUCCAAAAUAUAUUUCAUGAUGAUGUUGUAAAUAUAUAUGAAACGAAUAUCAGAAUAUGCAUAGUAAAUAAUGAUUUAUUUCAAUUUUUGCAAUGUAUUAAUAAAUUGUUUGAAUUAUACCAGCGACUUAAUAUAACAAAAUCGAAGGUUGAGUUUUUGUGCUAUAAGCUUAUUUACAUGACAUUGCAAAAUAUGCAUCAGGAAUUUCUUAUAGAAUAUUUAGCUUUAAGUGAUGAAGAAAAAAAUCACGAAAAUAUACAGUUAUGUUAUUAUUUAAAUGAAUGUAUAAAAAACAAAAUGUACUUAAUAAAUAUAAAUAUGGUAUCACCAUUAGAUGAUGAACAGAAUCAUGAAUAUAUAUAUUAUAGAAUAUUUGUGAAUAAUCAUAUAUUACAAUAUUUACCUAUAUUAAUGUCAUUAAAUGAAAAUGUUGAUCUUAAUGUAAAUAUGGAUUCUCUUACAUCAUUUGUAAAAAGUCAUGGUGAAAUGAAUAAUUUAGAAAAUAUUGAAAAAGAUAAAUGUAAUAUAGAAAAUAGUAAUCAAAUUAGAAUGCCAUAUUUAACUAAUUAUUUGAUUGUUUUAUUUUUGCCAAAAUAUAGAUUAUUGGCUCUUAUAAAUAUUUGCAAGACUAGUAUAAAGGUAAAUAUAUCCACGUUAACAAAAUUAUUAAAUUUUGAAAAUGAUGAAAAGUGUUUAACAUUUUUAAAUGAAGUAAAUACGAUUAUUAGCAAUAAUGAAGUGUUGAGUAAAUCGUCCCUAGUAAAUCUUAUGAAGUCACCUCUUUUGAAGAAUAAAUAUAUCAACCAUAUAAGAUAG